CUUAUCCUUUGAAUAAUACUUCUCGCGAAACCCUUAAAAACAACGAGGUCAAUCAUGUUUAUAAUUCUAUAGAAACUAUUCAUUCAUCAUCAGACGGGACGAAAUUUUCAACAUCAACUUCUAAAAUAUCGACGACGACACCAACAAUAAAAACUAAAGGCUCAAUUAAAUCAGCAAAAUCUGAACAAUCCAUGUCAAAAUCAAACUUUUUAGAUAAUGAUUACAAUUAUAUUUACGAUUUUAUUUAUUUCUAUUUAACAUUAAUAUCUUAUAUAUUUUAA